AUGCGAGAGCGAUUAUCGAACACGUCCGAGAGGGUCAAGGAAGCCUCCCCAAUCAACCUGGAUAGCGACCUAAGGCGCGAGCUAAAGGAGCUGAGCGACCGCUCCCAGAGGGAGUUCGCCCAGCUACAACACAACGUCACAACAGUCAGGAUCCAAACCGACCCCAAGAACACGCUCAGGUCCGUCUCCAGUGGAGGGACCUACGCAGACGCGAUCCGCAGAGGGAUUGGGCUACCGUCCAGCACGACAGCGCCGACCUCUACCACACAACGCACAGCAGGGACAGGGACCCCGGGGGUCUCCGCAUACAAGCUGGACAGGAACAGAGAGGUCAUCAUCAAGCUCGCCAGCCGCCCCAUCAUCGAACGCCUCAGGGCCACGACCCCGUUGGAUAUCAUCAGGAGGGUGGAAGAAGCACAGAGAGAUCCAUCCAGGGUGGUCAUUGAGGACCGCGAGCGGGCAGUUGAGACGUGCGCACGGAUUGAGGCGCGAGAGAGGAUCACCCUCUACACAGACGGGAGUGGAUACAGAGGCCACGUAGGGGCGGUGGUUAUCACGCCUAAAGAGAACGGGGUCCGGAAGAAGAUCGGCCAAUACAUGGGCCCGGAGACCAUCAGCAACGUGUAUGCGGCCGAACUCCGAGGCCUACAACUAGCCACCACGUGGACUAGGGUCCUAGGGGUGGACAGGGCCAGGAGGGACGGAGAGGUGCACGUAUUCAGCGAUAGCCAGGCUGCGCUGAAAGCCAUGCGCGCCCCGAGGAUGUCCUCUAGCUAG